GCCUCAUUUUGAUAUGAAUACUUUCAACGGCAGGCCUAGAUUUCACAAGUUUUCAUUAACUAUUUAUAGUCAGUGCUUUGUAUAUGCUUGAGUUACUUGCCAUUUAUGUUCGUAUUUUUGUUGAGAUACAAUAAAUGACGCAGCCAAGAAAAAUACAAAUUCUUACUUCAACCAAGCAAAACAGACUUUAGCCGAACUUUUAGUCCCAGGAACUACUUUUCAAGGAACCAAAAGGUGCCUUCAGCCCAUUGUUGUCUGCGUUUCCACCGCGGUCUAAAGACCCGCGAAGAUUAGGCAAAUUAGUCCACUGACCUAUGAAAAAGCGUUAUCGUCGUCGGUCUAUCUGUCGUAUUAUUUCUUCUGCAACCCCAUACUACCACCGCUGGAUUACAGAUAAUGCAUUCACAUUUUUAUCCAUUUAGGAUUUCCAUUCAAAACUCACACGGAGAAAACUGAUUCUUUGCUCCUUUAAUGUUUUUACUUUUUCUCUCCAAAUUGGAAGGCCCAAUCCUGUCUGCAACUGCACUCUUUGCCACAACCUGUGCCAUCGAUUUGGGAGAGUGACAAGCAAGCGUUAGAUUCAGCUGUGCUGUUCAGCUGUACUGUUUGGCGGUUAAGCAAACGUACAUACACUCUACUGCUGAGGGAGGCCGGUGAAGGGCAGGCUGGACACGGCUGACCGAGAACAGGAAACGUGGACAGGACAGGGAUGAACAGAAAACAAGACCAGACAAACACGACAACAGGAAAGACACAGACUGGGGAACCUGAAUGCAAAGCCACGAGCAAAGUGGAAAAAGGCUGGGGGAAAAACCGAGGUUGGCUAAUUCGGGUCAGAACUGGCAUGGGUCUAAACUGGUCUGAUGUGUUCCGGUCUCCUGAGGUAGGGGGCGCUGUUCCAAAAAUGGGUCUCUCAGGGGAGCCAGAGAAUAAAGGAGAAACCCACAGCACUGGCAAAAAGAGAGUCCAGGUAGAAAGAUCAGGGUCACCUGUACCCAGCUGUGUGUCUAUGAAGAGUGAUCGUUCAAUUCAUCAUCCAGUUAACUUCAAAGGAGAGUUCACAGGUGAUCAAAGAGUCCAGGUAGAAAGAGCAGGGUCACCUGUACCCAGCUGUGUGUCUAUGAAGAGUGAUCGUUCAAUUCAUCAUCCAGUUAACUUCAAAGGACAGUUCACAGGUGAUCAAAGGAUCCAACAAUUACUGGAGUCCUGUCAUUUACAAGAGAAGAUUUCAAAUACAUUACCGUUUUCAAAACAGUCUCUCCUGCGCACUCUGAUGAACCAUCUGAGUCAGGAUUGUCCAGAAUGCUUUGAGAGUCUCUCUGAAGAUCCUUGUGCUGUGGAUAAGUUUAUGAAGAUGUUCAAGAGUCAUCAAAUUCAUGGCUACCCAGAAUGCACUGAGAGAGAGCAGGUGGAUCCUAAGGCCCUGUACAUAGUUGAGAAGAUGCUGGAGACCUGUGGCAGCGAGAGAUUUCUGAAGAUCACACUCCACAUCCUGAGGAACAUGAAGGAGAAGGAUCUAGCCAACUCACUGGAGAGAGAUGAGCACAAUGAAUCCAUAAAAAGAGCCCAGCGAGUACUGAAAACUUAUCUGAGGAAGACGUUUGUAUACUUAUAUGAAAGUUUGAACCACCCAACCCUCCUUAAUGAGAUCUAUACCGACCUUUACAUCACGGUGGGAGGAGGUGGGGGGGUCAAUGAUGAACAUGAGAUCAGACAGAUUGAGAUAGCAUCCAAGAGACAAACCACACAAGAGACUGCAAUCCUCUGCAAUGACAUCUUUAAGCCUUUACCUGGACAAGAGAAACCCAGAACUGUGCUUACAAAGGGCAUCGCUGGCAUUGGGAAAACCGUCUCUGUGCAGAAGUUCAUUUUGGACUGGGCAGAAGGAAAAGCCAAUCAGGACAUUGAUUUUGUCUUCACUCUUCCUUUUCGAGAUCUGAAUUUGAAGAAGGAAACAGCAUUCAGUCUAAUGCAACUUCUGCAGCACUACUUUCCGCAACUGAAAGAGAUAAAAACAUUUGAAGGUGAUGAAGUCAAAGUCUUGUUUAUCCUUGACGGUCUGGAUGAGUGUCGACUUCCUCUCAAUUUCCAAAGCAAUAAAAUUUGCUGUGAUAUGACAAAGGUAUUGUCUGUGGAUGUGCUGCUGACCAACCUCAUUAAGGGUAAUCUGUUUCCCUCUGCUCUCCUCUGGAUCACCUCCCGACCAGCAGCUGCCAAUCAGAUCCCUCUUGAGUGUGUCCACCAGGUGACAGAGGUACGAGGGUUCAAUGACCCACAGAAGGAGGAGUACUUCAGGAAGAGAAUCAGAGAUGAGAAGCAGGCCAGCAGAAUUAUCUCACACAUAAGGUCAUCCAGGAGUCUGUACAUCAUGUGUCACAUACCAGUCUUCUGCUGGAUUUCUGCUGCUGUUCUGGAGACAAUGCUGGGUGAAACAGAGAGUGGAGAUCUGCCUAGAACUCUGACUGAAAUGUACACACACUUCCUGCUGAUUCAGACUAAUGUGAAGAACCAGAAGUAUCAUGGCACAAUUGGGACAAAUCCAAAGAAGAUGUCAGAGUCAGACAGAGAAAACAUAAUGAAACUGGGGCAGCUGGCUUUUGUACAGUUGGUAAAGGGCAAUCUGAUAUUCUAUGAAGAGGACCUGAGAGAGAGUGGCAUUGAUGUCACUGAAGCUUCAGUGUACUCUGGGGUGUGCACAGAGAUCUUUAAAGAGGAGUAUGGGUUGUAUCAAGAGAAGGUCUUCUGCUUUGUGCAUCUGAGCAUUCAGGAGUAUCUGGCUGCCUUGUUUGCUUUUUAUUCAUGCGUAAAUGAGAACAUAAAUGUACUCAGAACAGAAGAAUCAAAACCUCACGGUGACAGAGUGCAGAUGUCUGAGUUACACAGGAGUGCAGUGGAUCAGGCCUUAGAGAGUAAGAAUGGACAACUGGACCUUUUCCUCCGAUUCCUUCAUGGCCUCUCUCUGGACUCUGUUAAGACUCUCUUAGGAGAACUACUGACACAGACAAUAAGCCGAUCAUCUGUACCAGGCCUACAGACACAGACAGAAGCGAUCAUCUGUACAGCCUACGACCAG